CUCCCCUCCACUACAGCUUCAUAAACACCACAGCGUUUGGCUCGGUGUGCCAGUGCAGCUGCUGACUCCUACUGGAGCUACCGGAGUCUUCUACAGCUCGGAGAGACUGUCUUCCUUCUGGAGAACUAACUCAAGAAACAGGCAUGCACGCCAACAAGUGUGGAGACCAGGGGUCACACAGAGGAAAGGCUUUUGACUCAGCAAACCGUGCUAAUGAGGAGAAGCAGAUCAGCAAUGAAGUUACAUUCAGUAAAUGUGAUGAGAACCUGGAAAACAGGAGCGUCUCCGCUGGAAGGCCCACCAGCUCAGAGAAAAGGGUUGCGACUAUCAUUUUCUCCCUGAAAAAUGAAGUCGGUGGUCUCGUCAAAGCACUCAGGCUUUUCCAGGAAAAACACGUCAACCUUAUUCAUAUUGAGUCCCGCAAGUCCCAACGAAGGAAUUCAGACUUUGAGAUCUUUGUGGAUUGUGACACUGACCAUGAACAGCUCAAGGAGCUGACUCAGCUGCUGAGGAAGCAUACUGAUAUUGUUGAGAUUACUCCAUGUGAGGACUCCACUUUACCUGAUGAUGAUAUGGCCAGUGUGCCCUGGUUCCCUAAGAAGAUCUCUGAUUUGGAUCUGUCUUCCAACAGGGUUCUGAUGUACGGCUCUGAAUUAGAUGCCGAUCAUCCGGGAUUUCAAGACAACAUUUACCGUAAAAGAAGAAAAUAUUUUGCUGAUUUGGCUAUGAGCUACAAAAUUGGCGAUCCUAUUCUCCGUAUCGACUUCACAACUGAGGAGGUGCGUACCUGGGGCGUGGUGUUCAGGGAGCUCAACAAGCUGUACCCCAGCCACGCCUGCAGGGAGUAUCUGAACAACCUCCCUCUGCUGACCAAACACUGUAACUACAGCCAGGACAACAUCCCCCAGCUGGAGGACGUCUCACACUUCCUCAAGGAGCGCUCAGGCUUCAUCAUUCGGCCAGUAGCAGGGUACCUCUCCCCCAGAGACUUUCUAGCGGGUCUGGCCUUCAGAGUAUUCCACUGCACUCAGUAUGUCCGCCACAGCUCCGAGCCUUUGUAUACACCUGAACCAGACACAUGCCAUGAGCUGCUGGGACACGUUCCUCUGCUUGCUGAGCCCAGCUUCGCCCAGUUCUCUCAAGAAAUUGGUUUAGCAUCGCUGGGAGCUUCAGAUGAUGCUGUACAGAAACUGGCCACGUGUUAUUUCUUCACAGUGGAGUUUGGUCUAUGUAAGCAGGAUGGCAGGCUCAGGGCCUAUGGAGCUGGACUCCUCUCCUCCAUCAGUGAACUCCAGCAUGCUUUGUCUGGCAAGGCCAAUAUCCUUCCGUUUGACCCCGUGGUGACCUGUAACCAGGAGUGCAAAAUAACUACGUUCCAAGACGUUUACUUUGUUUCCGAGAGCUUUGAGGAAGCCAAGAACAAAAUGAGGGAGUUUGCAAAGACCAUUUGGCGUCCAUUCACGGUACGCUACGACCCGUACACCCAGAGCGUGGACGUCCUGAAGGACACCAACAGCAUCAAUGACAUGGUGAAAGACAUCCGGCAUGAGCUGGACAUUGUAGAAGACGCCCUGAACCGACUCAACAAAGACCUGAGAGUCUGAGGGUCAGAAGAGGCUAGCUGGGGUUGAAAGGUUUGGGUGGGGACCAGUGGGUUGGGGCUGGGUAUACAUACCUAGGUGGGAGAUUAGAUGGUGAUGGGGGGUUGGUGAGAAUGGGUUUCACGAAACUAGGAUACUGACCUUAAUCCAAGAGGGAUAGUUAGACUAAGCUGUAGUGAUUCGAUUAUCUUGAGUAAAGUUAUAAUCAUACAGCUCUCAGUGCCUCCUUCAUGGGACAGGCCUGUAAGCUGCAGAGUGCACUUGGCCUCAAGUUAGCCUUACGCUCUCAAAUCGCGUUUUUCUGUACUUACACUUGCUAUUUUGAGUACAUAGUGUGGUUACGCUGACGAAGUAUGGCCAAAUGCAGCGCACUAUAAGUAACCGAAUGCGGCACUUGAAACGGUGAAAACAUUCAGUGUGGAAUGCUGGACACUAGGGCUGUUGGAACAAAUACCGAAAUUCGAAUAUAAUUCGAAUAGUAAAAAAAAACAAUACUAUUCGAAUGCUAAAAUUACUAUUUGAAUGUGACUUUUUUUUAUAAAUAUGUCAGCUAACUUUAGCUAAUCUCCCUCUUCUCACCUUGGCCUACCCGCAUGUGUCACUCAUGUCACGUCUUAUGAAAAAUAACUUAGCGGGAGUGAGAAACACAAGGCAUUGUGAGGUCUAAGGUAAGUACAACAUUGCGGAGCUAACUUUACAUACAGAGUAACGUUAGUACAUGGGGAGUGACAGGCUGCGGCUGGAAAUCGUAACGAGGACGGGAAAUAGUUUUAACAUGACUUUGAAAUCGACCUCCACCGAGCCAAAGUUCUUAUGUUGACAUUAGUUAGCUCAUUCUUGUUUUCUAACUGCGUCGCAAGGUUUAGUAACAUUAGCUUAGCUGGGAGCUUCAUGGAGAAAGCUAAAGUUUAUGUUAGCUGCCCUACAGCUGUCAGAGUUACUUCGACUUCAUAGAUUACAGUCUAAUAGCUGUAUUCUCAGUAAUGUGACAAUCUGCAAGAAACAGGUUGCUUAUAAAUCACUAAAAUAGUAGUGACAGCACCGUUUGGCUUGGUUAUUAAUGCAGUUAGCAUCGUUUGUUACUUACCUAGUUUAUGACAAAUCGUUUCGGCUGUCAUCAUUGUGCAACCGACCACCGUUAGCUUUAACAACAGAGCCGCUUCACUACACUUGUUAGAUAAUGUUUCAUUACAGAGUUCUCUGUUGAUUUGUGUUUGUCGCUGGAAAAUUAACGUAAACAAAGUUGCGUGCAGGUCCCCUCAAGGCCAGGCUAAUGUUAGAAGUCCCUCUAGUGGACAGAAUGUGUAACAACAACCACAUGCUUGUAGUGGCAUUGACAAUGCAUAAGCCUGAGUAUAUUAUUUAACAGGCUGCAAUUGAGCAUUAAAUAUUUGAAUAUUAUUAGAAUAUAAAAAAAUAUCAAAUGGAAUUGAUUGUAUUAAAUGUAUUAUAGAGGAAGAUUGACAGCUUACUGGACACUACUCUCGAUCACUGGUCUACAUAGCAACAGCUAUGGGACCACCAAUGUAUUUUCAAUAUGUGACGGGCGAGGAAGGUGCAGUGGUUGUGAUUUGAAACAGAGAAAACCGAACUUUACAAAGUUUUAUCAUUGAUUUUUAUUUUUUUUUAUUACAACGUCAUCAUUUUACAACUCAAAUCCAUACACAAUACAGGUUGCAAAAAAACAUUUUGAUUCAGCCUAUCCCUCUACCCUUAUCCCUUACCCCUUACACUACCCCCAUCCCUCCCUCCACCUUCUUCCUUAUGCCCCCAGCUCCCCUCCUUCCCUCCACCAACCACCAUAAUGAUAAUAUCCACUCAAGGAUAUCAUUCUUAUCUAGUUAGAAGAUCUUUUAACUUAGAUAUCAAAUCUGUCAACAUUGAAAUCGUAUCUGGUUGUGCAUCAUUGACUUGUGCUGAAGAUAGUUCCAGGUAAGAAAUGUCCAAAAAAAACUCCAAGUCAGUGAGUACUUGAAAUAUCAUAUGAGGAGGGUUCCAACGUUGGAAUAUAAUCAUCUUGGCUGCAGUCAAGCCUGUUAGCCAGAGUUUGCGAGGUUUUUAUACAAAUGUAAUUUAUACAUUGUUGUGUGCCAAUGAGGCAGUAAUGCUCCACCUGGCUGCAAUUUACCAUUAAAAAAGAAUGUGGAGAAUAAUUUCCAGUAAGUGCAUAACAGCCGUGUUGAGACAACCCUACCCUGUCAAAUGUUACUCACUACAAGUGAGUACAUAGUGAACACAGUGUACUGCAUGUAAAUGUACUCACAGAAGUAUCCAAAUUGAGACACACUUUGGUGUGGCAAGAAGGUUCAAUGUUCAAUGUUCAAUUUAUUUAUAAAGCACAUAUUAAUACAACAAAAGUUGACCACAGUGCUGUACAAAAAAUACAAUAAAACAAUCUUCAAGACAAUUAAAUUCCACUAGUAAAUACUACUAAAAUCCUAUCACAUCAUUAACACAGCACUCAUAGAUAGAGGUUGGGACGGUAUUUGGGGGGAGCUAUGCUAAAACCUUGAUAAAGUCACUAAUCUCCACGUAUUUAUGGAAUAAAAAAAAAAUCUAACAAAGUCCAUCAUUUAAGGGAAUUACAGCCGGUCGAUCCAUAGUGUAAGUGUAACAAGUAAUGUGAGUGCAUAAUUCUCUGAUUGAUUUCUAUGGUCAAAUAUGACCAUAACAAUGCAGGAAAUGUGGAGUGAUAAUGUCUUGCCUAAAUGGGUAACUACAGUAGUUACUGUUGUAAUUUAUGUGAUAGAAUUUGAAUAAAUGUAUAAUAAAGUUAAAAAUAAUAAAUUAACAUCAAAAUCCUAAUUUUGUUGCCACAAUGUAGAAGUUAAUGUCUAAUGCUAAGCCAAUUGACACUGUAAAGAUGGAUCCUGGUAUUAAAUGUUUCUGCUGACCGCU